AUGCGAUUUUCUCCUACAACUCAAACCCCCAGCACCAACUCUCUUUCUUUCCAAACCCACAACACACCCCAUUCUCCCCCAGUUGCUGCCAUGGAUAACCGCAGAGUCGCCAAGGUGUACAGAGACCGGUCGCAGCGCGUGCGCAAAUUGCCCCCCGCCGCGGCCGGCGGCAUUUUCUCCAAAGUGAAGCGCUACUUAUCAACAAGCGGGCUCCCGGCGCGGAUUGCGUCGCUCAGAACGGGCGCAAACGAGGCUGAAACGCCGCUAAAACAGCAGCCCGGGCCCCUGCCGCCAGGCACGCCGGCGGCCGCCGAAACCUCCGCGUUUUUGCCCGUCUCCGCGGACCGCAACCGCAUCUUGCUGUCGUUUUUCCAGGAAAAGGGCUCGCAGCCGCUUUCCGAGGUGGAGUACGAGGGCGUGAUGGCGCUCUUGGACCGCUCCAAGGCGUCGGUCACGCUCCCCCUCCCCGAGCUGACGCCCGAGCGCAAAAGCGGCGAUCCGGCGGCGGCUAAAGCCGCCACAAACGCAAACAACACGUUUGCGCAGUACUCGCAAAAAGUAUUGCGCAACACCAGCGGCUACGACGCCAGCAACGCCACCAGCGUGUCGCUCGCGGCCGCGGACUACAAGCCUGCGUACCACACAUUCCAUGACGUGUCGCGCGGCAGCAUUUCCAUGAAGCGUGUGUACCCCCUUUCGGCCGUUCCGUCGCCCUACCGCACGCGGAUUCAGGUGCCGAACCUUGCUGCCCGCAAGGCGCGCCGUGUUGCGUCCGCAGCCCCGCUGAUGGCGCUGUUGGAGUCCGCGGCGGAUGCGUCCAUGGACUCGCGCUCGUUCAAGCCGAAAAGCAACACUGCCAAUUCCCUCUUGCUGAUCUUGGAUGGCGCUUCGGGGGCGCCGCACGCAGACGCCUCUGCAUCGGCCAAGAAUGCUGGUGGCAAGUCUCUCCACAACCCGUAUGCCAAGGCCAAACGGUUCACGCCGUUGCAAAAGGAGGACAUUUUCGCAAAGGCGCCUUCUCCAACGAAGGCCGACGAGAUCUCAAGAACCGUGGCGUACAACAAGGCUAAGGACUUGGCCGCCAAAGAAGAUCCCGAACCUGGCUCCUCGCUUUUCGGCACGCUGUCGCCCGGUGCGCCGGAAAAGCCCGCAUCGGCCGCCACGGACGCCCAGUCCACAAAGCCCCAGCCUGCUGGAAAGCUGGACUGCUCACCUCUGGCCUCCGGCUCAUCUAUUGACUCGCGCAAUCCCGUCGAGUCCCCCAACGCAGCUCCAGUCUCUCUUUUUGGAAGCAAGCAGUCCGCGGCUCUCGAAGGUAAGCCAAAUGACACGAUAGAGAGUCCUGCGAAAGACCUGGAAGCCGUGUCUGCCGAGAAACCCAACACAAAGCCGAGCCCCACCACUCCUGCAUUCUCUUUUGGUUCAAAGCCUUUGACUUCUGCCAACACGGACGUCACAUCCAAGACUUUGCCGACCUCAUCCUCAACAGCUGAAGUGAGUGCCCAAAAGCCCACACUAAGUUUUGGUUUUGGAGAUGUGAAGCCUGCUUCAUCAUCAGGUGGAGUUCUUUUUGGUGCCAAGUCCAAGGCCGGUGAAUCUACUGUAGAUCCAUCCAGUAAGACCACGAAGCCUCUUUUCGGCUUCGGACAGGAAGGUGGCAACAAUGCAUCAAUGUUCACUUUUGGAUCAAAACCAAACACUGAUUCAACCUCUUCCAACCAGACUCAAACCGGCGAACCCCCCAAACCUGCCUUCCAUUUCGGGACAAAAACGGCUGAUGACAAGAACACUACCAUAAUGGAUCACUCCAGAAUUGGCCAAGCUGAUGCGAAUAAAUCCCACGCUGACGAGGGAAAUAACAAGUCUACCAAACCAAACCUCUUUGCUUUCAGUUCCAAACCGGCAGAGGGAAUUUCCUCGUUUGGUGCGAAUCCUGCAAUGUCAUUCAACACGAAAACCACUGUUAGCGAGACUUCAGCGCCAAAUACUCCUGCAUUCAACUUUGGCAUCAAUUCGUCACAUCAGACGGGAACUCCUGCUUUCAGCUUUGGUUCUAAAGCAUCAGAGCCUGUAUCCAAAAGCCAAGUCCCAGCCUUCAAUCUUGAAGCCAAAACCGCAAUUGGUGAAAGCGCAAAGUCCGCGUUUGACUUUGGCGUGAAGCAAUCUGAAGACAAAUUCGCAUCGCCAUUGUCACUUAGCACUGAACCUGACAAAUCAAAGUCGUCAGGUGAAAGUGCCAGCUUUAAUUUUCGCUCUAAGCCUAUUUCUGAUGAUCCUGUGCUGGCAUUGAACUUUGAAUCAAAAUCUCCACACAAUUUUCCUUCGUCUAGCUUAGACUCUAAGUCUAGCUCAAAUAUGCCAACAUUCAAGUUUGGAGCCGAAAAGCUUCCACACGAGUCAGCGUCGAUCAAGCCCGCUUUUACUUUUGGGGAGUUCAAUUCUCACAAAAAGUUGAACCUGAAAGAUCUCGCUUCGGAGAAGUCCGAUUAUGGUUUUGGCCAAGUGACACCUCACAUCGAUCCUAAUUCCCAAUCUGGAGCUAUGAUUAGAGAAGAAAAGCUGAAAGAACAGAGACCUGAGUUUGGCUUUGGAAUUCAAAAAACCGAGAAGCCGACGUCUACAUUUAGUUUUUCGACUAAACUUGCAGAAAAAAAAUCGGAAUCUACUCAACCUUCUUUCAGUUUCGGUGCCAACCAUACGAAAUACACACCCACUUUUAGUUUUGGAGCCAACUCCGCUAGUGAGAAAAAUGUUUCCGACCAAUCAGUUGCUGAACCCAGGACGCAGGUCAAAGUCGAUAUAGAAGCAUCAAAUGACAACCCUGUCGGUCAAAACCCUGCUCUCAGUGGUGAUACUCAGGUUUCAAAAGAAAAGCAACACAAUGGAGAUUCCAGGCCCUCAUUUGUGUCGAAAGCUACUGAAGGUGCUUUCAGUCUUGGCAAUAAAAAUACAAACGAUAUGCCUGUAAUUGAUCAUUCCAAACAAGAGCUUGCUAUUGGCACUAAAGCUCAAACAACAGGAACUUCGUUUGACACCAAGCCCUUAGAAUUAGAGACAAAUCAAGACAAAAAACUAUCUAGUCUUGAAGCCAACGCUUUUCCCACCAACCCUGCAUUAAAGCUUGAUGUUGAUCCAUCAGCUAAAGUGACACACAUGGAACCACCAAGCUUCAGUUUUGGCUCAAAACUGACAGACGUCAAGUCUACAUUCGGGUUUAACCCGCCAACUACGUGCCACGCUUUUGGCAUUUUCGGGAACGCAUCAAGCGACGCGGCCAAGAGUAAACCUGCAUUUGCUUUCGGAGCUAAACCCGGCGGCAAUACAAACGAAAUUCAAUCUAAAGAUCAAUCUUCGAAAGAAGAAGCACAAAGUUUAGCAUUCAGUUCCGGAUCGGUUGUUGACAACAGUGAUUUUGAGUUUGCUUGCAAUCCAAACCCGACCAUAAAUUUCGGAUCUAAAUCCUCUUCUACAGUAUCUCACAACCACCCGUUAGUGAAAGAUGAUAAUGAACGUACUUCAGAAACUUAUGAGUUUGGAAAAGUGCCUACCUUAGUUUCUCUGCUAAACCAAGAAAAAGUUAAGGAGUUCGAAAAACUGUUCCCAUUUUGA